AUGCCUGGGUCGGACCGACACCAUGGGACCAAGAGGAAGUCUGCUAGUGCGCCCCAGGCCGCUCAUACCUCUGCCGGGGAUCUGAAGAGCAGAGAAGGCAAAGCCCAGAUCAAAUCUUCUAUGUCGUCUUCAUCUUCUAAACGUAAACGACACAAAACUAAUAAAAAUCGUGAAGUUUCAGCACUAGAACACGAGGAUUUUGCCCUUGGCGAUACAACGCCCCCUGGCGUUCACACGGUUAAACCACUGGUGGAGUACGACGACAUCAGCUCUGACUCGGACACUUUCUCAGACCCACCAUCCCGGCCUGCAGACAGAGAAGCAGGGGCCCUUUCCGAUGAUGAUGACGACGACGAUGAUGAUGAUGAUGAUGAUGGGAUUAUCAGAGAAAAUAAGGGCCACAGCCAUCCACGUAAAAAGACCAUGGACCCCAACAAAGUAAGAGACUCUGGAAAUGGGGAGCAUGGUGUAAAGAAAAAGAGCAGCAAAGAGAGGGACAGAGUGAGUCAUGGGAAGAGUAAAGAGGGUCCAGUGUCCUCAGGGUCUUCUUCCAAGCACCAGGCUCAGUCUGAGGAUGGUAAACGUGGGGAGAUCUCCUCACAAGCACAGGCAGCAUCCAGUGUAGGCAGUAACUCUUCAUCUCGCAGUAAAGAGAGUAGCCGUUCAGGGAAGUCUCGAAAAGACAGACAGCAGCGCAAAGACACCAGAGAUGGAAGUCACAGCUCUUCUCAGAGGAGCAGGACUGACAGAAGCCAUCGAAAAGUUUCAAAGAGUCGCAAGUCAAGUCCUAAAGGAAAGUCCACUGGGAGAAGUAGUCCACGGAGAAAGGGCACUAGUGCUGCUCUCUCCCCAAGUCCUAGACGAGGAGGUGGCAGUGUGAGCCCUGUGGGCUAUGGACACCAGGGGGAUGAUGGCUACUCCCGACGGAGGGUCCAGCACAGCCCCAGCCCGUAUGGAGAUGUGCGGCGCAGCAGGCAGAGGUCUGUCAGCCCCUAUGGAGGCAGACAUCGGUCCUCCAGCUUUGAGCGCGAGAGCAGCCCCUACACUACUCGGAGGCGUUCCAUCAGUCCUUACCCCUCCCGAAGGUCCUCCAGCACCAGCCCAGUGUCCAGGCGGUCUGUCCGUUCAAGGAGCCGCUCCCCUCUGUCCUAUUCCUCCCGCAGGUCAUCAUCUCACUCACGCAGUAAGAGGCAUCAAACCUCCAGUGGGACCAGUGCCCCCCACAGCAGUCGGCCUGGUAGUCGCUCCCCCUCCUCUGCCCGCCUCCCCCUGAACUCCAGCCUUGGGGCCGAGCUGAGCCGCAGGAAAAAGGAACGGCAACAAGCAGCAGAGGCAGCUGCACGAGCCUCUGGGGCAGCUUCUCCUUCUGUGGCUGGACGCAAGUCCACCAAUGCUACCUCCACCGCAGCGAAACCUACUAAACCAGAACCAACACAGACAGAGAAGAUCCCUGCACCAGAACCUCCGUCGGUACAGCCUCCUCCACUCAUCAGUGAGGAGCGGAUCGCUGCCCCGGCAUCUUGUGGUUCAUCCCCUGUUCCACCUGCUCCUUCUCCCCCUCAUCCUGCACCGCCCACCUCAGCCUCUCAGCUCCCACCGCCUCCACCGCAACCAGAGUCCUCAGCCGGUGCGCCGGCUCAGCCCACCGCCGUGGCUUCAGCCAAGUCACCUGCGCCGCCUCCGAGUCACAGCCCCAUGCGCCCCACCACUCUGCACAAGACGUCCACACUGCCCCUGCUGCCUCUGCCCCCUUUGCUGAUGGGGAACGCUCAAGAUAGUCCAAAGAAGUCCACUCCUCCUCAGAGGUCUUCGAGGAAAGAGAAGGAAGCUCGCAGCCGGACGUCUCUCAUUGACCUCCCCUUGCCGCCCACUCUGCUCGGCGGUGACUCGCCACCACAGUUCACUGUCCACCAUGCUCCGUCUCUGCCACAAACCGCUCUCAAGAAAAGACCAAAGAUUUGCUGCCCACGUUAUGGUGAGCGCAAACACGACCUGAGCGACUGGGGCAAGCGGUGCGUGGAUAAAUUUGAUAUAAUCCGCAUCAUCGGCGAAGGGACGUACGGUCAAGUGUACAAGGCCAAGGACAAAGUCACGGGUGAACUGGUGGCUCUAAAGAAAGUGCGUUUGGACAAUGAGAAGGAGGGUUUCCCCAUCACAGCCAUCCGAGAAAUCAAAAUAUUACGACAACUCAAACACCGCAGCGUCGUUAACAUGAAAGAGAUUGUCACAGAUAAACAAGACGCUCUGGACUUCAAAAAGGAUAAAGGUGCGUUUUACUUGGUGUUUGAGUACAUGGACCACGACCUCAUGGGCCUGCUGGAGUCUGGUCUGGUGCAGUUCUCUCAUGAACACAUCCGCAGCUUCAUGCGUCAGCUGAUGGAAGGCCUGGAUUACUGCCACAAAAACAACUUCCUGCACAGGGACAUCAAGUGCUCCAAUAUUCUCCUUAACAACAGAGGUCAGAUCAAACUGGCAGACUUUGGUUUGGCCCGUUUCUACAAUUCAGAAGAGAGUCGGCCGUACACUAACAAAGUUAUCACACUGUGGUACCGGCCGCCAGAGCUGCUGCUGGGAGAGGAGCGCUAUUCACCCGCCAUCGACGUAUGGAGCUGUGGGUGUAUUCUGGGGGAGCUGUUUACAAAGAAGCCCAUAUUCCAAGCAAAUCAGGAGCUGCUACAGCUUGAGCUUAUCAGCCGUCUGUGUGGUAGCCCCUGUCCUGCUGUCUGGCCUGAUGUUAUCAAACUUCCACUUUUCAACACCAUGAAACCCAAGAAGCAAUACAGGCGCCGGUUACGGGAGGAAUUUGCCUUUUUGCCACCGCCCGCCCUCGACCUGUUUGACCGAAUGUUGACCCUGGACCCCUCGCGCCGCUGUACCGCUGAACAGGCUCUGAGCAGUGACUUCCUGUCUGACGUCGAGCCCAACAAAAUGCCUCCCCCAGAUCUUCCCCACCACCAGGACUGUCACGAGCUGUGGAGUAAGAAGCGGCGGCGUGCGCGUCAGAGUGGGGUGUCUGAGGAUGUGCCUGUGCCGAAAGUGCCCCGUAAGGACCCCAUCGGGACGUCCACUGGAGAGAGUCGCCCUCCCCCCAGCCCGCCUCCUCCACCCCCACCAGGAAAACCAACCGCAGCUCUGACAGAAAGCCUGGGAGCCGCGGCAGAGCAGUUGAAUCAGACGGAGCUGGCGUUGCUGCUGAACCUGCUGCAGGGCCAGAGUGACAUGAGCCUGCCCCAAGUGGCUCAGCUCCUCAACAUGUCCAACACCGACACGCUCAGCCAGACCCUCUCCGCGCUCACCGACACGGCAGACCACCAGGGGGCGCCAGAGGAACGUCGGCAAACCGCUUCAUCAACAGCUCCGCCCCCACCGCCUCCUCCCCCUCCUCCCCAAGAGACAUCGCCCACGCUCAGCCAAGACGACCAGGCCAACCUGCUGGCUCUCAUUUUGGGCCACAUCAUCAAGCCGCAGACUGAGGGGGCGGAACAAAGCGACGAGAGCAAUGGCAUCCAAUCAGAGGAGGCACACGCUCGCGCCUCGUCUGCUGCUACUACUGAUCGCAAGGAUUCCUCCAGAAUGAAGCCGUGCGCGCCCGUCCCGUCAGAGGAGCACCGGCCCGCGUCUCCUCCUCCACCUCCUCCACCCUCGAACCCGCAGCCCCCGCCCAGCCCAGCAGUGGCCGCCGCUCUCCUCCAGCUCAUCUCCCACCAACAGGACUCGGAAUCUCAGCCGUGCCAGGACCCUUCGCGCCCCCCUCCACCGCCCCCAGCCGCCCUGGUCACCACCGCUUCAGCCAAGAAGUUUACAAAAGACCCAUCUACCUACAGGUUGAUUCACAAAUAA